GUAUCAUUUACAAAAGAGCGGUGGUGUUUAUGUCAAUAAAUGGAUGACAAUGAGUCGGGCGUAAAAAAAAAAGGUACAAGAACCUAUAGAAAUUACACUCAAGAGACGUUAAAAAAUGCCUUAGGAAGUAUCAGACGUAAGGAACUAAGUCUCCAGGAAGCUGCUGAUCUGUACAAAAUACCUAGAAGGAUACUAUGGACGAAACUUCAUAAUAGUUUUAUUUUUAAUAGCUAGCGAAAGAGUUCCUUGUGUUUUUCGUUCCUCUUCAUAUUAGAGAGUUCCUUUGGGUACUUAGUAUGCAUUGUUUAGAUUAGUUACCAUAAUACGGGU